CAGCCUUGUCACUCAGACAUCAUGGCGUAGCGAUGUGGACUGGGGGUGACACUGGUGGACAGCGAGAAGUUGGGAACUGAACAACCGCCGAGUGUUUGGAGGUAAUAGCGAGUGUGAACUAACGGAAAAGACGAGCAGACCUGAAGCGGCGGCUUCGCCGAGACUCGAGCCGUCCGUCACUUCUAAACAAAACAAAGCUGCAACCACAAAAUCCAGAACGGAGUGAAGAUGAUGUCAGACGCCAGCGAUAUGUUGGCAGCUGCCCUGGAGCAGAUGGAUGGAAUUAUUGCAGGCUCCAAAGCUCUCGACUACUCCAAUGGCUUGUAUGACUGCCAGUCGCCCACAUCCCCGUUCAUGGGCAGCUUGAGGGCCCUUCACCUGUUAGAGGACCUGAGGAGUGUCCUGGAAGUGAUGGACUCGGACGAAAGAGAGAGUCUUCGUUGUCAGAUCCCCGAUUCCACAGCAGACGGCCUGGUGGAGUGGCUCCAGGGUAACAUGUCCAACGGGCACAUUUCCCUGAGUGGGAGCGACCACUACCAAGAAAGACUCUCCCGUCUGGAGAGUGAUAAGGAGUCACUGGUGCUGCAGGUGAGUGUCCUGACUGAUCAGGUGGAGGCUCAAGGAGAGAAGAUUCGGGACCUGGAUGUGUGCUUGGACGAGCACCGAGACAAGCUGAACGCCACCGAGGAAAUGCUGCAACAGGAGCUGUUGUGCCGAACCGCGCUGGAGACACAGAAGCUGGAACUGAUGUCUGAAUUGUCCAACUUGAAGCUAAAGCUGAAUUCCAUGGAGAAGGAGAGAAUGGAUUUUGACGACAGAUUUAGGGACAGUGAGGAUUUGAUUCUUGAAAUAAACGAACUGCGGUACCGACUGACUGAUAUGGAAAGUGAGAAGAUGCAGUAUGAGAAAAAGCUGAAGUCAACCAAGUACGUAAUGGCUAAGCUUUCGAGCCUUAAAAUCAAAUAUGGCCAGCUGCACUAUGAGAAACAGCGGAAGGAGUACAAACUCCAGGCCAUGAAGGAGGAGCUCGCCGCGCUGAGAAGGCAGCUGGAGGGCAAAGACGCUGAGAUGAGGAGACUACAGGAUGAGACUGGCUUUAGAAGCAUGCCCUCGAGCGAGUCUGCAGAGAGAGUCCCUCAUCCAGAUGAAAAUCUUAGAAAGAGGCUGAAAGAAAAACAUGUGGAAGUGCAGAGAAUGAAAAAGGCAGUGGAGUCGCUCAUGGCAGCCAACGACGAGAAGGAUCGUAAGAUUGAGGAGCUAAAACACUCACUACAUCGGUACAAGAAGGUUCAAGACAUGGUGAUGUCCGUGCAAGUAAAGAAAGAGAAAAGCAAAGAAAGUCAGCAGAGUGAGAGUCCUGCGGAAAGUCCUGUCACAUCGUUGUCCAGCAACCCGAUGUCAGUGGAGUCUGACAAACAGGAGGAUGCAGACGCUGAGCAAGUGCAGGGGAAGAGUCCCUAUGAGAUGGACACGGUGAACAGAGGGAGUGAUGAGACAUCACCAACCCCGAGUCCUGUGGACCAGGAGCCCGUGUCGGGUUUGACAUCAACAGAAGGUCAAAGCCAAGAUGUGACCAACAACAAUGACUGUAGAAAAGAUCAGAUCAACAAUGAAAAGAACGCAAAUGAAGAGAUGAGUGUGAACACAGAAAUUGUGAGCACAGAAAAGCCGCCUGUGAAUCCUUCUGCGACGUUGCCCGCCACCGUUGAGGAAGACAGCUUUGGUUCUAAAAAGGCCAGAUCUUCUUUUGGAAAAGGUUUUUUCAAGAUGCGUGGCGGGAAGAAGACGCCCGGCGUGCAGAAUCUGGACCGCAGCCGGAGUGCGAGUGCGCCUAUGCUAGCUGAGACUGAGCGACGUGGUACCGACCAUCUGGACCUGGCAGGGCUUCCUCAGCAGUCCAAGAACAGCGACAGCACACACACUCUCCCCACCACGCCGGAGGCCAGUAAAAAAUCCAAAGGCAUUAAGAAACUUUUUGGGAAACUUAAGAGGAGCCAAUCCACGACGUUCAACCUGGAUGACAACGUGCCAGAAGGAGAGUUCAAGAGAGGAGGUGUGCGGGCCACUGCAGGACCCAGACUGGGCUGGUCCCGGGAUUUCCAGCGCGGCAAUAAUGAUGUCGACGCGCCAUUCGCCCGCUGGUCCAAGGAUCAGGUGUGUGACUGGCUGCAGGACCAAGGUCUGGGUCUGUAUGUGAACAUGGCUCGGGUUUGGGUGUCCAGUGGACAGACGCUGCUGCAGGCCUCGCAGCAGGACCUGGAGAAGGAGCUGGGAAUCAAACACCCACUGCACAGGAAGAAGCUGCAGCUGGCUCUGCAGGCUCUGGGCUCCGAGGAAGAAGACAACAAGGGGAAGCUGAACUUCAACUGGGUGACCAGGUGGCUGGAUGACAUCGGCCUGCCGCAGUACAAGACCCAGUUUGAUGAGGGGAGAGUGGACGGCCGCAUGCUGCACUACAUGACGGUGGACGACCUUCUCUCUUUGAAGGUGGGAAGUGUCCUGCAUCACCUCAGCAUCAAGAGGGCCAUCCAGGUUCUGCGGCUCAACAACUACGAGCCAAACUGUUUGCGUCGCAGACCGUCCGACGAGAACAACAUCUCACCGGCUGAGAUUUCUCAGUGGACAAACCACAGAGUGAUGGAGUGGCUGCGUUCGGUCGAUCUCGCCGAGUACGCCCCAAACCUGAGAGGUAGCGGCGUCCAUGGUGGUUUGAUGGUACUGGAGCCCAGGUUUAACGUAGAAACCAUGGCACUGCUGCUGAACAUCCCCCCUAACAAGACUCUGCUGCGCCGGCACCUGGCCACACACUUCAACCUCCUGAUCGGAUCCGAGGCUCAGCAACUCAAACAGGAGUGUCUGGAAAAUCCCGACUACACUCUGCUGACAGCCACCACCAAAGUCAAGCCGAGGAAAUUGUCGUUUGGCACAUUUGGCCGGAAGAAGAAACUUGAAGAGAGUGAAGAGUAUGUCUGUCCCAUGGAUGUGGUGAUGCCAAAGGGAAGAAGUUUCCAGAAAGGAUUCGAACUCCAGAUUUACGAGGAUGACCUUGACAGGCUAGAGCAGAUGGACGACUCGGAGGGAACGGUACGACAGAUCGGAGCGUUCUCAGAGGGAAUCCAGAAUCUCACCAGCAUGUUGAAAGACGAUGAAUUCUUCAAAGAGAUGUCGAACUCACCAAAUCCCAGCGUUACGGACGAAGACUCGAAUGCAGGAGAGCGGUUGCACUGAGAGCCGUUCCUCCUGCCAGCGUCAGAACUGUAGCGUCAACAGGCCCGCCAGCGCUCCCACUCCCUUUCUGUCAGCAUCACAAAGAUGAGCCAAAAGUGUUCACGUCACGUUCAGUUUACAUUUGUCUCCAUAACAGAGGGAACAUUUAGGGUAACACCACUGCUUUCCCAGCUGGUUUCUGGAGGUCUUUUGUACGUAGUCAUGGUCUUAAAUUGUUUAUUUUUAAGAAAUGGAAGUGUCAACCAGCAGAAGUCCUUGUGCUAAAAUGUUUUUUUUUAGAGGUAACGUAUCACUUUAAGAGCUUUUAUCAUGAGAGAGAUGAAAUACAUUUUUAAAGUUUCCGCUGCUACAUUUUUCUACAGAAUUUAAAUGAACACAAAUUGUCAUGUUUUGAAUUUAUAACCUGUUAUUACCUUCUGCAUUAAUCUUCUGCAUGCAUUUGCACCACUACAUAUCAUACUGAAACAAUGAUGAUGAAUGUCAGUGCAUUCAACAACUGCCAUAUUUUUAUAUUCCAUACUCUUUAGCAGAAUCUUUGGAAAAUGUGACACGGCAAAAAAAAGACCUUUCUUUGUGUGACGAUGUGAUACAAGCUGCUGAAGUGUCAGAGCCCGUUUUACUUUACAUGCAGCAAUUUCUGAGAUCAAUAAAGUUAUUUAAAUCACCUUUGGCUACAUGUUGCUGAUGCAUUUGGAGUUUGUUAAAUUACACAUGUAACUCAGAUGCUUCUUUUUACUCAAAAUGAAUAAAU